GCCUGCAAAAACUAGACAAAAGAGAAUCUGACCAUCUCUCUCUGGGUCUCUCUCCCCCCACCUUUCGUGCGCAUUGAGAGCAACGACUCUCGCCUUGGAUGACUGCAAUCCGCUAAAGUCCACUCUCUUUAAUUGUUAUCCACGCCCUCACGUUUCAUUACUUCGACCCCUUCUUCUGCUUUACCCUUUUCUCUGGUGUCCAUCCAUUACUCCAAUCUUGGAGAGAGAGAGAGAGAGAGAGAGAGAAUGGAGAUAGAAGAUGAUCGCUUGCAGGGUGAGACGGUGCAAUACUGCACCGCAAGAACAAUGGCGUCCCCAGAAAUAGUGGAGAUUGGCGAGGAGAGCAGGAGCGUGGACGUGGGCAUCAACGAUGUGUACGUGGCUGUUGGGAAAGACGACAUGGAUGUCGUCAAAUGGGCUCUUGAUCACCACGUUGUCUCGUCGGCCCCUCAUCGUGCUCGUGUCUUUCUUGUUCAUAUCUUCCCUCCCAUCACUUACAUUCCCACACCAGUUGGAAGAUUAUCCAGGAGCCAACUGAGCCAAGACCAGGUGAGAGUUUACAUCAAUGAAGAGAGUAACAGGAGAAGGAACAUUCUGCAGAAGUACAUUCGCCUGUGCGCCGACGCCAAGGUAACUGUGGACACUAUGCUUAUUGAGCAUGAGAACAUUGCAAACGCUAUUCUCGAUCUGAUCCCUGUUAUUAAUAUCACCAAGCUAGUUAUCGGAACCAAACGUUCGCCUUACUCAAGGCGACUAACAAAGAAAUUGGCAAAAGGAGAGUUUUUGAAGAAGCAUGCCCCAGAUUAUUGUGAGGUUACUGUUGUCUACAAUGGCCAGAAGGUCUCAGACAACGAGAGAGCGAGAGAGCCGAAUCCUCUGGGAAAAGAAGCUGCUCGCCACUCUGAAAGGAAAUUCUUUGAGUGCGGGUGCUUUUCAGGGUUAUCUAGAUGUGUAAUACUAAGAAAGCAAAGCAGGCCAAUUGAAAUUAGGCAGACUCAGCAUCAUGUAGGCGGAAAGUCGAAGAACUUCAAGCAUGUGUCAGACCUAGGAAGGAUCGCCAUAAGAACGCAGCAAAACAGAAAUAGCAUUACAGAGGUCAUCUAUCCGAGUAAGAGGGGUCGAGAAAAUGGCCUUGAAGCCGAGGGAUGGACACUCCUACGCACAUGUUUUCACACAAUAACUGAUCGGUUCGGCACAUGAGACGGGGGAAUGCAGAUGAACCACAAUAAUAUGAUGCCGCAAACGUAGUCGACUUCUCAUGACAGAAGCAGAAACGAAUCUCAGAUACGUGUGCCCAAUGCGAUAUCAGAGGAAAUCUGUAAUGGCACAGCCUCUAGUUUUGAGUAGAAGAGGCUGUCUAGAAUCAACUAUUCCGUCUGAAGAAAAAGUUCAUUAGAAUGUAAUGUUCAGCAUCAGGCUGAAGUAGACAAAUGCACGAGGCAGGACAAGCCCUUUUUCCUUUUGGCCUUUUUCAUUUUUGUGAGAGAGACAGAGAGAGGUUUUGGAUGAGAGGCAGAGGAAGAAAAACAGUUUACAGCCCUUGAAAUUGCCUUUCCUUGUCAUCUCCAAAAGUUUACUCUGAAAGCUACUUGAAAGAACCUCAUUUCCAGCCUUUUUUCA